AUGCCGCCAGACAUUGCUCGUAUCCUUCGUUAUGAGUACGGUGAAAUAUCUUCAGAGAUAAAUUUUGCCCAAUGGCCAUUUAGGUGUUGGGAAGAUGUGGUCAAAGAACUAAUCAAACUUCUAUGGCAACAUAUUUACUAUUACUGGGAAUUUCGCUCGUUAGGGUCAGGCAACGUUGGUUCAGAUCACUUCCAUGAGCUUCGAUUUGUGUAUGCUGGGAUAAUGAGCGUUAACCAGAUUCAGUAUUAUUUUUAUGCAAUGAAUUACAUCACUCCAGUACUACACUACCAUCCACAACCAUACUCAGAGCUUUGCAUUGCAUUUCGACCACUGGAAAAAAGGUUCGGCAGAUAUGCCAUGGUUUCUCAAAAUAUAAGCAAAUUUAUGUCCAAUAUUUUGCGUUUUAAGGGACUAAGUUAUUCUCCUUUCCGUCGCUCGUUUCAAAACAUGUCUAAAGAUAUAACUGAAAUGAAUGACCAGAUUCAGCGAUACUCAGCGAAUUCGAAAAUUUAUUAUGACGAGGAUACAAAAAAUGAAAUGAGAUACUACAUAAUGUUUUGGUUUUUUGACUCUAAUCUCGCAACAGAGUGUGGAAAUACAGCUUAUAAUCCCAGGCAGUUCCAGGAAAAAAUUCUCAAGCCAUUUCGCCGGUUAGCCUUGGCUAGAUUGAAAGACGUGAUGGCCAUCCCAUCUUUAACCGCAGACAAAGAAAGGCUUAAAAAGAUCUCUCUUUUUAUUGAUGAUUACUUAGAAAGAACCUUUACAAAUCCAAAACAUGAUGUUAUUUUUGCGAUCGAGCCUUUCUUAAAAAUGCUGAUGGAAAUGAAAAAAAUGCUAUUUGUUCGCAAUCCAGAUGUUCAUCUGGACGAAUUCCGCGCGUUCGCUCGCCUUUCAAGUUAUUGGUUUUUGCAUCCAGAUUUUAACUUGGGAACCGAUGAGAAUUACAACGCUUUCUUGGGUGGCUUAAGUUACGCCAUGAAAAACAUGAAGACUCUGUUUAAAAUGGCCAAUAUUUUUAAGAAGACGCGUAGUGUUGACUCAUGCAAACCUGGGGAUAAAGGACAAACAAAAAGGAGGUUCUGUAAAUUGAACGAACUCAUAUUAGAUUUGGUAAACUACGUUACUACUAUAAAUUCCGCUCCUAUAACAAAGAUUUUCAACCCUUCGUCGGAGUACAAGACAAUUCUUGACCACGCUGCGACUAGCAACACACUACUGACCAACAUAGAAGCACUCGAUGUCGGCCAAAUGGAUUUGCAAAGUAGCCUGUCGAGCCUGCGAAUAUCAUUGGGAAGCCACUUUCAUCAUCUCGCCACGUUCGAUGAAGGAAAAGCUGGGCAUGACGUCGUAUACCUUCAGAGCAAGAUGACCGAUUUCAAUACACGUCUCUCGAAAUCUGAUCUUGACGAUAAACUCAGAACUAUCUUUCAUUACGCUUUGGGUGCUAACAUUGCGGAGUUAGUUGCGCUUGCAACGCAACUAGCGGCUGCAAUUGCUAACAACGCCAAUCCAAUGGGAUGGAUCACAGGAGGAGCUGAUCCGACAGAUAUUAUGGAUCGACUUGACGCAGUUGCACAGGCUGGAGUUGACUCAGUAAAAUUAGCGACGAUUAAAAAUGAAAUUCUUCCUGAUAUAAUAACACAAGCACGACGUUUGAGUGCCGCCAAUGCUAAAAACGCCGAAACUCAUAAAACACUUGCAGAUUUAUUUAAAACCCUUAAAGAGAGUAAAGAAAUCAAUAUUAAUGAAGUAAAAUCUUCCUUCCUAAAUAAAUAUGGAAAUUACGACCCAGGUUAUUACAAAAAUGAUAUAACAAAGUACAUCACACUAGUAAAUGCAGCCAUAGAAAAAUUAUGCGAAGUCUUGUAUGGGGGUAAAACUGUAUUAUCUGCGGUAGUAGAAUCAAUUGGGGCGAGUAAGGCUGUCUGUAUCAGAGCUACAGUAGAGGCUGAUGUCGUUGGUGCGAUUUACGAAGAAAUGUACGAUUUUCAAUACGACUUUAUGGAUGCAAUGGCUGCAGCGGUGCGAGCUCUUAUUGCUAAGCACAGCUCGAAAGCGGUUAGAAGUGUUCCUGCUGGGAAUGAUCGUGUUCUAUUGAAAAUCUACGUACAUCGCAUAAAGCUGUUGUCAAAGCAACACGUCCUCGUUGCUUUACAAGAUUAUUGUAACGUCCAGGAGUACGAGAAUGGUGGCGUUCCUACACAUCACUGCGAACAGGCACUGAACAACCCAUCUUUUGGAAACAUUAUAUUGGUUCUUGGGAACCCCAUAAGCGCCUGCCUUACGGAUGAAAUGACGACGAUCGAUGCACUUAUACCUGCGAAAAGUAACCCGCUUAGGGAAAAACUUGACCCAGGAGUAAUGGAUUUGACGCAACUUUAUGCUGGGGAAUAUACCGAACUUUCUAUUCCGUUUUCUAAAUCAAGUUCUGGUAAUCCCGCUUGGGUUCAUAAAUUUAUUAGUCCUACACUGCCUGUACACGAAGAUGUGGCACUGUACGUAAAACGCUUUGAACUUUUCCUGCCUAGCAUGACAAACUCGACAUACGAAGUGGAGAUCACAGCCAAAGGAUAUCAGCCAGUUUCAGUCACACAAAGUAACCAUACCAUGAAGUAUGCAUUUCUAGAGCAAACUGAGUUUCAUUUGAGCUAUGGAGAAAAUGAGGAGUCGUGUUCGAACAAAUUUGAGAGAGUCUAUCCAAUACUUUGCAAACCUCACCCACCCGAAAUAUGUUUAUCGUCCCAUGGCGUUGUAUCUCAGAACGAGCUUCCUCCACCAUUGUUUAACACUUGGUAUUUUCGGGCUUUUCUUCCCAAAUUGCUUCCCCAGCCCAAACCAGAUGAGAACUCAACGUUCCAUUUAAGAGCAACUAUAAAAAUUUGCACAAAAAAUCCGAAGAAAAUUGAUCUCGAUUCGACAAAAUAUCAGCACCAUGUGGUCGAGAAAAGACGUGAACGGCGCUGCUGUGGAAAGAAAAAGUACUGGUUUAGAAAUCCUCUUGGAACCGACGAUCAAUCUUGUCAACCAUGUGAAUCGCCUAAACUGGGAGGUCUUUACUGUGAAAAACUAAAGAAGGAAUAA